CAAAGGAAGCUACCAGAUUAACUUGCGGAUGUGAUGCAAUCAGCUGUGAGUUUUGUCCCCUAGUAGUUACAGCGCCUUACGAUUUUCAGCUACUACCUGGUAUUUUACAAACAGCUUAACUGAAUUGGAAUUUAGCUUCGUUAAUGUUUACAUUUUACUUUCAGUUUUUCUAUUAAACAGUCCGUACAGCUGUCCUUCUCGCUUGCUAACGUUAGCGUAGCUUCCGUUUCCAGAUGGACGCCAGCUGAGCUGAGCUAGCAGCUGGUGAUUUUCUUUUUGUUUUUGUUUUUUAUCCCUCCUCCCCGUUCACUUUUCUGCUGCUUGUCAGCGACCACCAAUUCAGUCGGACUCCCCUAUGUGUCUACUUCGGGGGCUGGCAGAGAAAGUUCAGUUGCAGUAGAUAAAUGGCCGCCGCUGCCCCCUCUGCUCCUCCUCCGGCAGCAGCCUCUGGUUCUGCUGCGGCCGCUGCUGAAACCUCCAGUCCGGGAGGAUCCAGCAGCUCGACCGCUGCCGACGGCGGCAGCCAGGACAGCACUUUUGAAUGUAACAUCUGUCUGGACACCGCCAAGGAUGCCGUGAUCAGCUUAUGCGGACAUCUUUUCUGCUGGCCUUGUUUGCAUCAGUGGCUGGAAACUCGACCUAACAGACAAGUGUGUCCAGUUUGCAAAGCUGGCAUCAGCAGAGAAAAAGUGAUUCCUUUAUAUGGAAGAGGAAGCACUGGACAACAAGAUCCCAGGUGGGUGCUGUAACCUGUUGACACAGAUGUAGCGAAGACUAAAACUUGAUAUAUUUUUUUUUGUUAUAAUACACAUUAUGACACUCGGAGGUUAAAAAUGUCACAUUAAGUUUCUGUAAGGCUCUGUCACAUCAGAUUAAGACUGCAGGACACAGAG